CAGUGGUGGAAUCGAACGUCCCCGAGCGCACACGGCGUAGAGGAGAGUACAGCGCACGAGUCUGUGGAAGGGAGAUAACGGUUUCUUUUUUUUGUCCCCCCUCUCCACUCAAACAACAAGAACAAACCAAACCUGAUUUUAGGGGGGUCUCACAGAGUCUUCUGAUUAUCAGGAGGAGGGAAACGAGGAGCCGCAAGUUUUUUUUUUCUUUUUUCGUUUUUUUUCUCUUUUCCUUAAAAGAGGAUUCUGUGCUUCGCGGUGGUUUGUUCUCCGCUCUCGCCGCAAAGAUGAUGGUCGGAGAGGUCGAAGUGAAGGAGCGACCGAGGCCGAGUCCCGACUAUUUAAUGCAAUUAUUGAACGAGAAGAAGCUCAUGACCAGUUUGCCAAAUCUCUGCGGCAUCUUCACACACCUAGAGAGGCUUCUGGAUGAAGAGAUCAACAGAGUGCGUAAAGACAUGUACAGCGACACAGUGAAUGGCCUUGUGGACAAACACCCACUGGAGCUGCCCGAACCAGUCGGACCCAUCGUUCACCUGCAGGAAAAACUGUUUGUGCCUGUCAAAGAGUACCCAGAUUAUAACUUUGUGGGGAGAAUCCUUGGCCCGCGGGGACUCACAGCCAAACAGUUGGAAGCAGAAACGGGAUGCAAAAUCAUGGUGCGAGGAAAAAGCUCCAUGAGAGACAAAAAGAAGGAGGAGCAGAACAGAGGGAAGCCAAACUGGGAACACCUAAAUGAAGACCUUCAUGUCCUCAUCACAGUGGAAGACACACAGGCUAGAGCAGAGAUCAAGAUGAGGAGAGCAGUGGAGGAGGUCAAGAAGCUCCUUGUACCUGCAGCGGAGGGAGAGGACAAUUUGAAGAAGAUGCAGCUGAUGGAGCUAGCUAUUCUCAAUGGGACAUACAGAGAUAACAACAUCAAAACACCCACCCUUGCGUUCUCUCUUGCAGCGGCGGCAGCAGCCGCUCAGGGCCCUCGCCUCAUAGCGACCUCCACAGGUCAGGUGUUGCCUCCCCAGGCACUGCGGCCUCAGACGCCAGCCGGGGCCCCCAUCAUGAACCUCAUCCGGCCCACUCAGAUGGCUGCCAUGCUGCCCAAUGGCACCCCCACCCUGGUGCCUCCCACACCGGAUGGCGGGCUUAUCUACACCACCCCCUACGAGUACCCUUAUGCCUUGGCACCCACCUCCCUGCUGGAGUACCCCAUCGAGCAUAGUGGGGUUCUAGGUAAGAGAGCCUGGGGAAGCAUGGGUGCCGCAGGUACAGCGACCAGCUUUAGCCAGCCUGGACAAGAGGCCAGCUUGUUUUACCCCGGAGCUGGGGUGCUGGACGCGGCUUCCAUGAGCCACAGUCAGGACUUGUUGAAAGGUGCAAUGGCUACUAAAGUGAGACGGCAUGACACGCGGGUCCAUCCUUACCAAAGGAUUGUGACCGCUGACAGAGCCGCCACCGGCAACUAACACAUGACCUUCUGACCUCUGAACUCUUCACCCAAUGACGAGCCGCCCCAAGCCUGCCUGCUGAUCAGUUAACUGGUAAUUGCCUUUUGCUAGCCUCUCGGACGCAAGUGUGUGAGAGAGAGAGAGAGAGAGGCGCCUGCCCGUACAGUUACCCUAACACAUUCUGACAAUAAAAAAAAGAAAAGAAAAAAAGUAGAAACCAACGCAGAAUCUUCACAGAAACACAACGAAAACCCAACAAAGUUGUGUGAUAUUCAUAAAUAUUUUUUUCCCUUUGUUCAUUGAGUUCGAUUCCCAUUCUUUCUCUUUCUUUUUCUUCAUGAAUCACACACUGGGUGGACGUGUUUGUGGUAUGACUCAUAAAUCUGCACUGAAUUACAUAGCAAUAAAGACCCCCACCCCACACACCCCACCCCCCUUCCUCUAAUUACUCUGAUGUGGUGACCUCACUUGUAUGAAUCAAAGUUGAGUAUUUAUUUGACGCAAACCAUUUGGUUUCAGAGUAAUGGCCCUCAGAUUGACAGCCCCUCCUCCCCUCCCUCAAAAUAUAGAUAUAAGAGCGUCUACCUGCUCCCACCCUGUCCCAAAACCCACCCACGGGGAGAGAAAAAGAAACAGAAGGAAAGAGAACAUACACUCACAUUAACUUGUUUAAUUUCUGUCAUUUUCACGUGUAGUUCAGUUGUUGAGCUCUAAGAUGUACUUUUGAGCUGACACAUUCUGGGUGUGCCCCUCUAAACAGCUUUCUGUCUUUGUUUUUAUUUAAUUUUUUAAAAAGCAUGGCUGAAAUGAUUGCUAAAGGAGCUUUUUAUGAUUUAUGUGUUUUGUUUUUCUCCUGUCUGUUUUUAAUGCUUUUUUUUUUUUAGUCAUUUUCUCCACUUGAUUUUGUCCUUUUUUUUUUCCCCUGUUGUUCAUAUUUGACUAAUUAGCUUUUGCUUAAACCUGACCAGCCAAAACCAAGGCGAGGUGGUUAGCUCUAAAGCAGUACGCCAACUGAUGUUCAAAGCAGGCUGCAGAAGCUUAAGAAAUGAUGAAGGGCAAGAUGGGAAGGUCACUACUUGGGCUGAUGGUUCUUUGUGUGUUUUUGUGUGUGUUUUUAAUUAAUACUACAAUGAAAGUAGGGUGUGUUGAGGCUUCGGGGGGAGGGAGAGGGAAAUUGCCCCCCCCAUCCACACUACAUCCACUAUACAGUGCCUGAUGUAUUUUGACAAAAAAAAAAAUCUCAAUGAGUUAGCUGAGCUGUGAUCACAAAGACAAAAAAAAGUAUUAAGUGUGCAUAUUUAGCCAAAGGGUUUGCCAGUGAAUUAUAUAUCUGCAGUUAUGCAUCUGUCUCACAGAGGGCUCUCUUUGUGAUUUUUAAGAGUUUAAAAGGGUGUGAAUUUUUAGUGCCUGCCUUCAGCUGUAACAGCCAGCCAGCCAGUCAGUUUAGAUGAUUUCUCACCCAUUACUGCUCUGUUUUCUUUUAAGGUGAAGAGAUGCUAAUCAACACUAAAUCAACAUGUUACACAGUGACAGCAAAGGGGGGAGGGGGGCACUUUGAAGUUCUGUACAUAAAUGCUUUUGCCAUGUUACCUGGAUUCUAUAUUAAGUUGUUUCAUCAGCCACGUUGCCAAACAGAUGUUUUAUUUUGCCAUUUUUUCCAUCUCCACGUUUGACUAAUUCUUUUUAAAUGUAUUUUAAGUUUUAACCCCAGUUUGAAGACUUUACAUGAGUUGAAUCGUGCAGUUGGCAUAAUCUUAGCCUACUUGCAUUUUUGUGUUUUUUUUGUUUUUUUUUACUGAUGAAAUUUCUUCUUUUUUCUUUUUUUAAACUCGAGGUAAACGAUCCAAAAGCGCAUCCACAAUGUGUCACACCUCCCUGUGAUCAUAGUCUAGCUUCUGAGCCCACAAUCUUUUGUUUAACUCUCUCAAGAAAAAAAUAGGAUGUGAAAGCCAUGCCUGCCUGUUCAAAUUGCUUUAUACAUACGUCUUAUAUAUAUAUAAAUAUAUAUAUAAAUAUAUAAAAAUGUAGAUAUGUCAUUGCAUAUUCAAAUACAGAAGAGAACAAAAAAAAAGAUAAUUUUACAGGGUGCUGGAGAUGAGAAAAAAUAAGAUCUAUUUUUGGCAAUUUUAGCUUUUGAUACUUUACUUGCAGUUACAAAAUCAGAAAAAAAUAAAGAAAAAAAGUUUAAAACCGUAUAGGGGAAAUGGGGGGGACCAAGUGGGGAAGGGGAGGGGGAGACGUGCUGUUGACCUUGAAUAUGAUUGGAAAAGGAAGACCAAAACAGUCACGACCCUUCGGAAAGUUAGCGAGCAUCAGAGUGAGACUGACGCCUAGAGAGCUUAAAAAGAUCAAAUCAAAGUGCCUUAUCGACAGUGGUUUCUGUUUUCUAGUAUUCCAGUUGUGUUCAAUAAUAUCCAGCACCCACCAAGAUGGCGCAGAGAGGAAUGGCUGGUGUUACACGCUCUGAAAGGUCGAGCAGGGUAGCCGCCACCGUAUCGUGGCGUUACCGAAGUUAUUCUAUGCAAAAAGAAUAGCAGUCGUUUUGACCAGCUACAAACAUGUGCCAUGGUUUUGUCUUCCUGAAAUGAUUUUUUUCUCUUUUCCUUUUACCUGAUGGCCCUUUACUCUGCUGUAUGAGCAGAUUGUGUUCUCUGUUUUUUUAAUUAUUAUUAUUGUUAUUUCGAUUCUAACGAUCAAAUGAGAUAUUGUCUUGAUUUUUGUUGACUUUGACUAACUUCCUAGAACAAAUUGAACUGCCAGUCGUGACCCAGUAGUCUGCCGGAACAUGUUUUUUUUUUUUUUUUUUUAUAGUUUGUUUGUUUGUUUUUUAUUAUGAGCUAAGAAAAAUACAUGAUGUUCAAGGGAGUGGAUGGAAGAGCGAACAGCAGGUGGGGAGGGUCGUCCCCACUAUGCCUGUUUGUUUUUGUUUCAACAGCUGCAAACUGAAAGCAUCCAGUCCACGUCUCUCAGCGUCAGCUUGACAACAAACUAUCAAUACAAUCAUGAGGUUUAAAUUGGACAGCUGAAAUGUUGGAAUAAUGAAACAAGCGAGGCCCGCUUCACCGCCAAACAGUUCUCAGCUGUUGAAAUAACUGACAGUUUAUUGCUGGAAGGUGAAAUAAUAUUAAAAUCGAGGAAUUCUUAAAUCCAAUAUAACACUUGGCGGUUUUGGGUUUUUUUGUUGUUUUUUUUCCCCCUCUAUUCAUAGCUCUUUCAUCACGCUGUUACAGUGAAAGGUCAAUGAAAUAUUCUUUUUCAGUGUUAUUAUUUUUAUUAAAUUGAAAUGCAAUAUUAAAGUGGAGCAAGAGAUGGUUAUUCGGCAUUUGACAGUAUUAAGAAAAUUCCCUCUGCAAUGUUACAACUUGCUGUGUCAUUGUGAAAGGCUGGAUAAGACCAUCAGGGGAAAGGUUGACUCUUAUGCCUACCGUAUUCUCUCUGGCCUGCCUACUACAUGUAUGAUAAUGUAAUUAACAGCCAUUGUUACAGGUUUAUAAUGUAUUUUUCUAAUCUCAUUUUAUAUGUAUAUUAAUCAUGUUUCUGAGUGCUUUUUUUCUUCUUCUUUUUCUUUUUUUUUUUUUAAAUGAAACCCACUGCAAUCCCCCUCGCCCUUAAACAACCCUCUCUCCUCCUUCUCCCCCGCCCCCUCCCCUCAUCUCUUUUACAUCUCGAAAACUGUCUCUUGUGGGGAGUGUUGCCUUUUUCCCUGUUACGUUUUGUUUUCUUGCUGAUUCCCAGCUUGUUUAACUCAUUAGCUACUUUAUUAGUUUAUUUUUUUUCCUUGUCACGAGUAUUUUUACAUGCUUGCAUUUAGUUUUCAUGGUGUAUGCUGUUAUUUUUUUCUUAUUAACCUCUUGGCAUUUAUUUUAAUAAAACAUUCUUAGUAAGAA